AUGGUAAAACUUUGGUUUGGAAGCAGCAUUGUCACUCUCAGUCUCCGUGGCCGUCUCCGUGUCUGGUUUGCUGAGGAUAUGCUCCACCCUGAAGGAAGCCAUGAUGAGUCGCCGUCAAGGGGUCUCGGCCUAGCCAAGUGCACGGUGCCUCGCAGAGUCCUCCUCGCAAUUUCUGCAUGUGCGGGCGUACCUGUCCCACUCGCUGCAUGUCCGUCCCACUCACGCAAGCUCACUCGCGCGUGA